GCCCAGUCCCGGGCGUGAGAUCCUGCGCGCAACCGACACUCCGGUUGUUGCACUCCUCGCAGCCGAAAGAAACCAGUCUUGGAUGUUUUCCCCGCGAUGCGAAAUCCGGACGGUGCUUUCAGCCAGUGCUGUGUGUGAAUCGACCGCGGUCGAAUUUCGUUGUGACCCGACAUAAAAAAAAACCGACGCGGCGCCCACCAUUUAAAUUCGGUUGCGAUGUCGAAGUGUUUCUGUGGGAAAACGGACACUCCAGUUCGACGGUUCCAGCGGGCUCGUGGAGUCGCGGGGAUGUGCUAGAGCCGGAUUGUUUUGUGCGAAAGGGCUGUUUUUAGACAAUCCCGAUCCGAUAGCCCAACAUGGAUGAUAAGAAACCGCGUUUUGGCGGAUCGAAAGUGUCAGAAAUUGCGAACCGUUUCCAGAACAGAAUGCCGGCCCAGAAGGAGGAAAUCAUCGUACCCAUCAAGGCAAAACAGAAGCAGGUCCACAGCCAGUCGCUGGACAACGAGUCGCCAUCCGUGACGGUCGUCAGGACCGAGUCUCACGUGACGCGAUUCAACAAUGCCCGUGCUUUGUUCGAGAAGCUGGGCGAAGAGAACCGCAACAGUCGCGAACGGAUCAUACCGUUGCAGUCGACGAAGAGUGCUUCCAGCAUCCUGGACUCGAGGUCCAGAAGCAGUUCGGCCAAUAGCGAGACGAGGGAGACAAAGUCGCAUACGUCCAGGUCGCCGUCGCCGCCGGCGAAGAAAAGCCUGGACUCGGUGAUAAGUAACAGUGUGCCAGUACUGAACGAUAACGAGAAAACGAAGAAAACGAACGGGUUUAAUGCGAAUAACAGUGCGGACGAGUGCAAGAGUGCAAAGACGAACGGUAACAGCGAACGAACUAAUGCGAACGUGGUCAAGAAGCCGGAGAAGCCGGAAAAGCCCGAACGGAAGUUCAACAGCAAGGAGCUGAUCGAGAAGCAGAGGAACUGGACCUCGCACUUCUCCAAAACGCGCACGAACCGGUACAACAGCGACCCGAACAACAGCGAGGUGAAGCUGGCGGUGAACAACGGCAACAGGGACUGUGAUAAUAAGGCCAUUUCGGCAGCGACGAGGAGCGCGUCCUUCAACAACAGGAUAAGGAGUCCGCCCACUUCGCCCACAUCACCCACGGGCAGAUCGGAGGCGACGCGGAGGACCAACGUCGUGCGGAAGGAGAGGCCGGCCUCAGUGAUCCCCACAACGUACGUAAGUCCGACGAAGAAAGACAGGAGCCCGGUGACCAGUCCCACGAUCUCGCCUGCCAAAGAGGCGCCUCCCAAGCAGCCGCGCACCACCAGUUUGAACCUGUCGAAUGAUGCCGGGAGAUACAGAUACGAAGACAGCAUUGACAAGGAGGAUGGGUCGCCGCCGCCGCCUAUCGUGCCCAAGUGCUUGUUCAAGGAUAGCCCGGCGGACAGGAGCAACGACGAACUGUUGGCCCCGCAGUCGUUCAUAAUUUCCAAGUCACCCCUGGAAGAUCACGACACCAGUAGGGAGAAUCUGUCGGCCACUUCGGGCAGCUUGUCGUCGCUGAGCCCGCCAAGCAGUCCCAGUAAACUCAAGUCGGAGCAGGAGAAGCAGGAACAAGAGUGCAAUGAGAAAUCAUUUAAUAAUCAUCACAAUGACACAAGAAAAAAUGAGAAUAAGACUGAAGAAAUCGUUGUAGUGCCAAGAAGAAACAAAGUAUCCAGUAUUUCGUUGAACAUUCCGGCGGCGGGCCUGGGCAGCAGACCGCCAUCCGUCAUAAGUACCACCACAUCGGACGAGGGCGGCUUCAACGAGCCCUCGCCCAAAAUCGAAGCCAAACUCAAACCCCACGAGGAGUCCAUUUACGACUUCCCGAUAAACGAGGACAAACCGCUGGUCUACACCGACAACUCCCCCGAAGACUACAAGGAACCCAUCUCCGAACCCAGUCCCACACCGGUGCCCGGCAAACUGACCCAGCAAGAGAUCGAAGCUUUGUACGCGGUGCCGCACAAGAACCAGAGCAAGAAUGCCGCACCGCUGGAAGUCGAGUACGCGGUGCCGCAGAAGCAUCAAAAGUCAGUUUCGCCCAUUGAUCCGGAUGUGGAGUACGCGGUGCCCAACAAGCACGUCCAGAAGUCCUCGUCCACGGACUCGGAGGCGUCCUACGCGGUGCCGUACAAGAAUGGUGUGCCCCAUCAGAAGUCCACCACGUCCACCGACUCGGACACCUCACAGGUGACGGUCGUUCCCCAGAAAUCCAUCGACUCCGACGUAAUGUACCACAACCAAACCAGUGCAAUAAGGAAUACGGUGGUGUCGGAUCUGGAGAGUCAGGAGAGCUACGAACGGAACUGUCAGAACUUUCUGCAAAAGGAACGUGCCGCGUCGGAGGCGACAGACAGCGCGAAGUCCGAGCCGUUCAUAAUAGCGCGGGAGGUGCUUCAGACGGCGGACAAGGGUGUGAAGGCUCACGACAUACAGAGAUCGGAGGCGAACAUCUUGGAUUUGAACGACGUCGAGUACGCGGAUGCCAGUGAUAAUGAACAAGAGUGUGAGAAACCGGCGACGGAGGCUGAAGCCAUGACGCCGGACGAGGCCGAAAAUUUGCUUAGCUCUAAAAUUUUGGAAAAAAAAUCUAGACCUGAUCUACUAUCAGACGAAGAGGCACAAGAAGUGACAAGGCUGCUGCACAACAAGGAAAAAAACAAGUUCCAACCGAACAGCACUUCCUCAUUCCUCCACGACUCUAUCACAGCUUCUGUGCAUGAUUCUUCCGGACCGGUAUCGUUGAACGACAGUUGCGGUCCCCCGUCCCUUCAAGAGGAGUCUGUUACCGAAGCCCUGGACGAACUGAAUGAGUCCAUGACCCAGAAGUUUCUGGAGAACCAGAACAAGAACAAGGAUGUUGAACCUCUGUCCCAGUACUACGAGUCCACUUCCAGUUUGGACAUUUCUACACAAGAGGACGAGGAUGGCAUUAAUCAGUCGAAGUUUGAUGCUAGUGUUUCCGCCUCAGAUUCAGGGUUGAUAGAUUCAGUAACCAGCAUCUCGGAGGCAAACAACAUCGAAACUAUAUCCGAGGAAAAGGAUUUCGUUCCAGUUCCCACACGUAUAAUCGGAGUGGAACACGGCGUCCACUACUACGAAGACGGUCACUUCUGGAUGGAGGUCCCCGGUCUGCCCCCAGAGGAGGAGGAUGACGAGCUCGAGUACCCCAUCUACAUACCUAAACCUACCAAGGUUAUCUUCUCAACAGAUCCCAUGAAGGUCUACUCCACCUUCAGCAUCAAUGACUACGACAGGCGGAACGAGGACGUCGAUCCUGUGGCCGCCUCUGCGGAGUAUGAGCUGGAGAAGAGGGUGGAGAAGAUGGAUGUGUUCCCGGUGGAGUUGGUCAAAGGCCCCGAAGGGUUGGGGCUGAGUAUUAUUGGCAUGGGAGUAGGUGCGGAUGCAGGUUUGGAAAAAUUAGGGAUUUUUGUGAAAACAAUUACCGCAAACGGUGCAGCAGCAAAAGACGGAAGAAUCCAAGUGAACGAUCAGAUUAUAGAAGUGGAUGGCAAAAGUUUAGUGGGUGUAACUCAAGCUUACGCCGCUAGUGUCUUGAGAAACACCUCGGGUUUGGUGAAAUUCAGCAUUGGAAGGGAACGUGACCCAGAGAACAGCGAAGUGGCACAACUGAUAAAACAGUCGCUACAAGCGGAUAAGGAGAGAGAAGAGAGAAGACAAAGGAUGUUAGAGGCCGAACAACAGGCUAGUGAUGCCAGUACUGUUCAAUUAACAGGUGGUUCUGCUAACACAAGUGUCAGUGAUGGUCCCACUAGUCCUACCGGAAAUCAGGAGAGUCUCUUUGAGCAUGAACAAGAAAACGACGUGGAAUCUUUGCGAAUGUUGCUGCAAGAGACUCAACGAAAGUUUAAUAUGUCCGAGCUUGAAGUCCAACGACUUAAAACCAAGCUGAUGGAACAGACUGGAGUGAAACCGGAUGAAUCGGAGAAAUUUGAACAGGUGAACGUGAAACUGAAGGAAGCCGAACGCAAUUUGGCGACAACAAGAAAAGAGGUUCAAACCUACCAAAACAUGCUGGAACAGUCCCAAACGCAGUACUGCACUUUGGAAAAGAAGUACAACAAGGCGAAACAACUGGUGCGGGAGUUCCAACAGCGAGAACUGGACAUGCUCCACAGAGAAGACUUCUACCAGCAGCUCUUGCAAGAGAAAGAUACGGAAUAUAACGCACUGGUGAAAAAUCUCAAAGACAGGAUUAUUGCGUUGGAGCAGGAUUUGCUGGAUACGCAGAGAAAGGCGGGCAUGCCCAUGAUUUUACCCCACGACAGUAUUACUUUGAAGCAACUUACGCCACAAAUGUCACGGCGUCAGCCACCCAAACCGGUGUACAACCCUCUGGAAACGGACUUUUCCGACACCGAAAUUUCUGACGCGAGCCCCGACGACGAUAAAACCGCUACUGUCGAACGAAAGAUGCCUAUCAAGGAAGAGUUCGACAGUGCAGUGCCGCCACACGAAUUGCUCGACAUAUCAGCGAGUAAAAGCAAGGCGGAACUGGCUACCAGAAGCGCUCUGGCGAACCGUCAACUACCCAGUGCCAAAAAAGGUUCGUUGAGCAACAGCAGUUCCGACUACGGACUAGACGAGAGCUAUAACUCUGGCGACGACCUAACAGACUCCGCCUACUCACAAAGCGAAUACGUCUCAAAACCCACAGCUACAUCCAGACCCAGCACACUAAACACGAACAACGCGCAAUACGUGCAAUCGCAGUACCAGUCGCAGCAGCAAAUGUCGUACAACACUCAAAACUCACAGUACACAGUGCAAUACAGCCAGGUGCAAAAGUCCAGCCAGUAUUCCAGUCAGAACGUGCAAAACAGCUCUAGCGUGGUUUAUGCGAGGGUGCAGAAGGAAUCCGGCAAUUUUCAGCAGCCCAGUCCCGACCCUUGGGGCGGUGAGGCACAGAAUAAGGGGGCGGGAAUCGGCGGUACGCCUGCCUCUUUUUCUGAGCAACUAAAACAGGUGCUUGCGGAGAGGGAAAAACGACUAGGCAACGAAAGCAUCAGCAGUUCCACCGACGAACUGAAUGAUAAAAACGCUGCUGCACAACAGUUACUUGAGGAGAUCAGACAAGCAGUGAGUGAAGCGAACACCAAAAUAAAGAAAGUCGUACCCGUUACGUUAUCACCCCCAGGUAGCACGCCCUGGCACCACCAGUCCUCGACAUCACCCACGCCCCCAUCGCCCUCGAGCCUGAGCAGUGGAUCGGCAUCACCCUCUAGGCAUGACGCCUCCUGGGCGACCACAGCAGAUCUCAGUCUGUCGUCGUGUUCGAUCGGCAGCGACAAGCGUGGGUCGCACUAUUGGCACACGGUGCCGGUCACCGAUUGGAACAAAGAUCAGGUGUGCCAAUGGUUGCGUCAGAUAGGCCUAGAACAGCACGUGUCAAAGUUCGCUGAGCUUCAAGUCAACGGUAACUCCCUGCUUCUGCUCACUUCCGCCGACUUUAAAAUUUUGGGCAUCACUAGCGACGACAAGAGUCGUUUGAAGCGCAAAAUCAAGGAAUUGAAAGUAAUUGCGGAGAAGGAGCGCAAGCAGCAGGAGAAGGACCGCAAGGAGAAGGAGAAGCUGCAGCGAAAGGCGGAGAAGGCGAACAAGAAGAAGUAGAUUCGUUGUUGAAUGUUUACUUUUGGAGAAUCUUGCCGGCCUACAUGGUGUUUGUUGAUUUGUUUUAUGAGAGUUUUGGCAUGGUAAAUGCCAAAGUCCAGCCAUACGGUUUAGAAAACUAAGUAAUCAAUGUAAAUGCAUACCCAUGUAACUGGGGUGCGGUAGCCAUGUCUAAGAUUGAUGUCUGUAAUCUUAGAGCAAAUUGUGCUACACAUGUUCAGAAUUAUUUAUACUUAUGAUAUUUCUCUAGGAAAACUGUACUAUAAAUCGUGCUCGUGUUAGAGUAGAACAUUACUGUAUAUAUUCACGUAUGACAUGUGGUUUGGUGCAUAAAAUACAGCAUUCAGUUCUAUUGAAACUAUUAAUCUGUAAGUUUAACAAAGUGUAGCCAAUUAAAGAAAAAUCUCACCCAGUAACUUGAAAAUAUUUACUAGAAUUAAUGCGAUUUUGAAUUUAUUACAAUAGGGCAAUUGUAAACAUUAGAAAUCGAAUUAUUUUAAUAUUUUUAAUUAAAUUAUUGUAGAUUUUAACAAUUUUAAUGUGUCUGCAUUUUAACAGAUAUUUUAUUAAACUGUAUACUCGUAUUUUAUGUUAACAAACUACUUAUCUUCAUUGCUCUUGUAUUUCUUUGUACUUACAAGUUUAUUAGUAUUUAUCUUGAAUGUAAAGUUCCUCCACCGCAAACACGUCUAAAUCUUUAAACAGUUUCAAAUUUUUUGCUUCCCUUUAAAUAUGUUUACUUUGUGAUAAAUUAUUGAGGCAAGUCUAAAUUUGUAAUAUUAUUUAUUGAAAAAUGUGAUUGUUGUAAGAUAUAAACUAUUUUAAUUUAUUUUAAUGUUACUGUAUUGUUUUAUUUUAUGUAUUUUUCAGUAUUUAUGUAUUUAUUGUGAAUAAUAGUUUUUGAGUUUAACAUGUUCAUAUUCGUUUAUUGAAAUCCGUUAUAGUACAAACUGAAAUAAUCAAACUUCACACAGUUUCUAUCUCCAACAUUUGUUUGUUGUGGGACCAAAGUUGGUUUGCUUUUCCGCCCUUUGUCACCCGCUAAUUUUUAUUACCUAUUCAUAUUUUUUGCUCAAUCAAACACAUUUAUUUCGGAGAAUUUAUUUGGGUUGUAUUUAUUUUGACGGUAGCUUUUUUAAAGAGUAUACCUGUUUGUGAUUUGUUUUUAAUCUUUUUGUAAUAAAAAUUAUAAAUAUGAUGUAGAUUCAUAAAAUAAAUAUUGACAAUGUAUUUCUAAA